AUGUCCAUCCGCAUAGCUCUCGACAAUCAGCCCGAGUUCUUCACCAACCUCGACCAUGUGACGGGACGCAUCAUCCUCGGGCUCAAUCGCUCCGAGCAAGUCGGCAGCAUAGUCGUCAAGCUGGAAGGAGAAUCUGUCACUGCUCUGCAAGUCCCGAAUCCUUAUGAAGAGACUGGCCCCAGACCGACAGGUCCGUUGCCUGGUCCGCCCGGCAGCAUCGUGAGCGAGAAUCACAAGAUUUUAUACAAGGUCCAGCAGGUUUUCCCCGACGAAUACCACUCAAGUACUUCGAACCCAUAUGGCGCCUUCCCGCUGCAGCCGGGGGAACACGAGUUCCCCUUCAAGUUCAAGCUGCCCAUCAACAACGCCUGCAGCGACCCAAUGGCCAUGUCCAAGAUUGGCGGCCUCGCAGGCGUGGGCGGCUUCGGAUCCGGGGGCGGACUAUUCGGCAUGGGUGGAGUUCGAGUUAUGGAUGGCACGAAACAGCUGCACCUUCAGCAUGUUACCCGAACCCUCCCGCCAUCCUUGACAGGGUAUCCCAUGGAAGCCGAAGUCCGCUACUAUAUAAAAGUUACGGUCCAACGGCCCGGAUUUCUCAAGGAGAACUGGAGAUAUCAAAUCGGAUACAAAUUUCUUCCCAUCGAGCCUCCCAGGCCAGCACCAACUGGCCAGGAGGCGUUUGCCCGUCGUCCGUUUACCUUUCGGCCACGAUCGCCCGGUCCGCAAAGUAAAAAGAAGAACCCCUUUUUCGCAAAGAAGGGAGAGAAGAGCAGCAGCGAUAGCUCGAAUAACAAUGGUUCCGGUGUCGACUCACCAGGCAUGGCGCCGGCGCCAUCCAUCGAGAUGUCGGCUCGACUUCCGCACCCUUCGAUUCUCACAUGCAACCAACUCAUUCCUCUGCGGCUUAUCGCCAAAAAGCUGGUCGACUGUCCGGAACAAGUCAACCUAAUCUCGUUCCAGGUGGACCUCAUUGGCAUCACCGAAGUACGGACAUACAACAUCUACAACAAAAAGAUCAACCGCUGGGUUGUCGUCUCCAGCACCGACCUCAACAUACCCUUGACCUCUGGUCCAGAUGCUGAGGUCGGAUCCGAAGUCGUCGUACCGGAUACGUUGUGGAAAGACAAGCCACUUCCCAAUACCGUUGCUCCGUCGUUUGUCACCUGCAAUCUAUCCCGAAGAUAUGAAGUGGAAAUAAAGCUGGGACUAUGCUGGGGCAAGGCCAAGUCCAAUUUCAUCAGCAACCACCCUCAGACAAUAUUCCUCCCUUUGCACUUUGGAGCGACAGAAGUCUUCUCGGGCAUAACACCGCCGCCCGAACUUGUCAGGGCCGCUAGAAAUACUCGGCCUGGUCGGGCGACACUCAAUAUCCCCCCGCAACUGCCACCAAGACCAGGCAAUUCGGCACCCAGCUCACCAGUUGGUCCGCCGCACACUCAGAACCAGAUGCCGAACCUGCAUCAGCCCCAGGCGCCGAGACCGCAAAUGCCACAGCGGCCACCACAAGAUCCAUUGUACCCUCCUCAGCUACUGCCUGGGCAAACAGUACCGCCAUACGACGAUGCACCGCCAAGCUACGAUGAGGCAAUAGCCGAGAACUUGUCCGGACCAUUUGACGGAAUGCAGCCCCGACCAGCAUACAGUGGCGUUACCAACGAGAACGCACCAAGCCAAAUGCCUGCGGAGAAGAGAUGA